GUGCUGGACGGGCCCCUCACCGACAGCAUGGAGGCCAUCGCCUUCAACAAGCACUAUCAGAUCAACGACAUCUACAGCUGCAGCUGGGGUCCAGACGACGACGGGAAAACUGUGGAUGGCCCCCAUCAACUGGGAAAGGUACCAAACGCUUCCAGCAGCCGGCUCGGGCCCUGGCCGUCCGUCCCCGUCGCGGGCCUGCGCGGGCUGGUGCUGUGCUGCAGCGCGCGGUUCUUUGCAUCCAGCGCUGCCAGCGGAGGCGCGGUGGACGAGACGGGCUCCAUGCCGUUCUACGCCGAGGAGUGCGCCUCCAUGCUGGCCGUGACCUUCAGCGGCGGGGACAAGAUGAUGCGGAGCAUCGUGACCACCGACUGGGAUUUGCAGAAGGGCACGGGCUGCACGGAGGGCCACACGGGCACGUCCGCUGCCGCCCCUCUCGCCGCCGGGAUGAUCGCGCUCAUGCUGCAGGUGCGGCCGUGCCUCACGUGGCGGGACGUCCAGCACAUCAUCGUGUUCACAGCCACCAAGUACGAGGACCGUCACGCCAAGUGGGACACGAAUGAGGCCGGCUUCAGCCACCGCCACCAGCACGGCUUUGUGAGCACCGCCGACCUGCAGCUCUCCGGCAUGAGAACCCUGGAGCACGUGGCCGUCACCGUCACCAUCACGCACCCCCGGCGCGGCAACCUGGAGAUCAGGCUCUUCUGCCCCAGCG